ACAAAAUGUCAUGUGGAAGAGAGUACAGAGAUGCGCUGCUCAGCCUUAACUAAAACACUGCAACUUGAUACUUUCAUUGUAACCAGCAAACAAGGGAUUCUUCAGUAAACUGACAGUGUUCAACUAGAGUAAUGAAGGCUCUAGGGUACCCUGUUCGACCACUGGGUGUAUUCCUGGUAUUCUUCCUGACUUCCGCCUUGGCCAUGGAGACAGUCAUUCUCAAUUACUCUUCCAGAAACCUCUCUACUGUUCCUUCUGAUCUCCCAUCUUCUGCUCAUGGUGUGGAUCUCUCUCAAAAUCAGAUUCAGACCCUGCAGAAACAUGACUUCCUCAAAACACCCAGCCUCAGUUUCCUCAACCUCUCCUGGAACAUACUUGUGGAUAUACAUGUGGACACAUUUGUCUCCACUCCCGUUCUGGAAAAACUAGACCUGUCCUACAACAGACUCCAAAACCUGUCCAACCAGCAGUAUCUACUGCAUGCACAAAGCCUACAGUACUUGGACCUGUCAUGCAACACGUUUGCAGUAAUGGCACUUGGGACUGAGUUCUCCAAACUCACAAACCUUCGGUGGCUUGGCCUGAGUGCUGACACUAUUCGGAAUGAUGACUUUGCUAGCAUUUCUGAUCUCUUCCUCCAGACUCUCUUCAUCCAGGCCCAGAAUGUAAAGCACUAUGAAAAGGGAAGCCUCUCAGGUCUGAAAGCAGAAAAAGUUUCUAUUGUAAUGUCAAACAAAGCCACUGACCACCAAAUAAUAAUUGAUGCCAUAGCAUCCUUUAAGGAUGUAGAGCUCAGCUGGUUAUAUGAUCCAGAGGACUUCCUCAGAGACCUGGUGAUGCAGAGAGCAACCAUUCGAGCAGAGCAUUUACAAUUAUCUGCUGUUCGGAGCACCUGGAAUGUCAUGACAGCCUUUCUCAACAGUGUUUUAAUGUCCCCUAUCCGCCAGUUCAGUGCGUCCAACCUUACUCUAACUGCUAUGAAUGGAGGAAGACAUGUGCUCCAGAACUAUUUCUUAGAUUCCUUCAGUGUCAGGCAGUCAUCAGUGACUGUAUUCAUCUUUCAACAGGAAGUCCUUUAUGACUUCUUUAUUAACAUGCCUACGAAGAAUCUAACUUUUGCUCAGUCACCAAUAGUCCAUAUGACCUGCCCAGCAGCUGUUAGCAUGAUACAGAUGCUUGAUUUGUCUGACUGUGCCCUGUCUGAAAAGGUCUUCUCCAAAGGUCUGCAUGACGAAUGUGAUACUUUGACAAAUCUGGAGAAGCUUGUCCUGAAGGGUAAUAACCUUAGACACUUGAUGCCACUCACUUCAAGAGUUAGCCUUAUGAGCUCUCUCAGAUAUGUGGACUUCAGCCAGAACUCACUGACCUACGAAGAGGACCAGGGACGCUGCACUUGGCCUUCUAAAGUCACCCACAUAGAUUUAUCUUCAAACGGAUUUGACCAGAACGUGUUUAAGUGUUUGCCAAGUGCUAUAGCCAUUCUGAACCUCCAGAACAACCAGAUCACUGCAGUUCCUGCAAAUAUCUCUAGUCUGGACUUUCUCAGAGUUCUAGAUCUUACAUCUAAUCGUCUCCUGGAUCUGCCGGACUGUCUGGGGUACCCAAACCUACAGAGGUUUGUAGUGCGUGGGAACUCCCUUCAUGUUCCCUCACCAGGUGCUCUCGAGACCUGUCCACAUCUGACUGUCCUCGACACAAGCCAUAACCCCUACAUCUGUACCUGCCCUUUGCGAGACUUCACCACCCUCAUUGACAGCAAAGGCACACUGGGUGGAUCAAAAGCUUGGAAGAACCGCAGGAUUGCUUUGGCUCACUGGCCUGAAGGGUAUCGCUGCAGUUACCCAGAAUACUGGAGGCAUGCAAAACUUCAAAACUUCAGUCUGCCCGAGAUCACAUGCAAUGCUGGACUAUUGGCAGCCACCAUUUUAGUCCCAGCAUUCACCCUAAUCAUUGUUGUGGGAAUGCUAUGCCAUCAACUAGACAUUCCAUGGUACCUGGGAAUGAUCUGGAAAUGGACUCGUGCAAAGCAUCGUACACGAAUUGUCCAGCAACGACCAGAGGAGUUAGAAGGGGUGCAUUACCAUGCCUUCAUUUCCUAUAGCCAACGGAACUCUGACUGGGUAAAAAGUCAACUCUUGCCCAAGCUGGAGGGCGAAAACUCAGCAACAAUCCGAAAUGGACUACGAAUAUGCCACCAUGAGCGGAACUUCAUCCCAGGAAAGACGAUUGUGCACAACAUCCUCCAUUGCAUUGAACAAAGCAGAUGCUGUGUCUUCGUGCUGUCCUCCCACUUUGUCCAGAGCGACUGGUGUCACUAUGAGCUAUACUUCGCUAGCCACCAGAGGCUAACAAGAGGGCUGGACAACAUCAUCCUCAUUUUGCUAGAGCCGCUGCCCCCCUAUCUCAUCCCCUCCAAGUACCACUACCUGAAGGCAAUGAUGGCCAGACGCACUUACUUAGAAUGGCCACAAGACAAGGCCAAACAGAGAAUGUUCUGGGCAAACCUGAGGGCAGUGCUGCAGGCAGAUCUACCUACUCCUCUUGAGAGAGAAGAAGAAUGAGACUGCUGAAGAAAGGAGAGAAAAACAUCAGCAGAGAACAGUGAAGAGAGCGAAAGUUGAAGGCAUCUAAAGACAGCACAAAGAUUACAGAUUAGAUGUGGAAUUUUUUAAAACUGUUGGAGAAGUCAAAUAGUAAAAAACUCUACUGUACUUUUCACAAAUACAAAAAAAAACAAGUUUAUUACUGUUUGUUUACAA